AUAGCCGGUAUGUAAUACAAUUAAUUGUACGACUGCAAAAAAUAACAUAUGUGAUUCUCGUAUGAUACCUGAAAUAAUUCAUGUAUCCGCAAAUUUAUUAAAUUUGCUAAAAGAUUCUGUAGGGCAAGACAGUCAACUUAACAGCCAUCGAAUGUCACAUUCUCUGCUGAGUGGCUGGCAGUCUCUGAAAUCUCACUGGCUCCUGCAUUGACCAACCAAUUUCUCAAGUUCUUCUCAAUCACAGAGGUGAGCUACAAUGGAUGGUAACUCAGGAGACAGUGCUGUGGAUAGCCUUGGGGACUCCAUGUUUUCAGGAUCAGUUCCACUACAGGAUGAUGGAGAGGAGACAUUACAGUCAGUUGAAAAUGACGACGAACCCCGAGAUAAUGAACCCCUAAGAGAACAGGACAGAUUUCUUCCCAUCGCAAAUGUUGCAAGAAUAAUGAAGAAAUCAAUUCCAAAGUCUGGUAAAAUUGCAAAAGAUGCCAAAGAAUGUGUUCAGGAAUGUGUGUCAGAGUUCAUCAGUUUCAUUACCAGCGAAGCUAGUGAGAGAUGUCACCAAGAAAAGAGGAAGACAAUUAACGGAGAAGACAUUUUGUUUGCAAUGUCAACCUUAGGUUUCGACAGUUAUGUUGAACCACUGAAACUAUACCUUCAAAAAUACAGAGAAUCUGCUAAAGGUGACAAGUCAGGACAGCUACCAGAGGAAGGUAGACUAGAAGAUCUUUCAGAAGACAGUUUCAAUCCCCACACAUUACAAAGCAAUAUCUUGGCAACAGAUCAACAGAACGUAAUAUACACAGCGACAUAUCCUUCAAACCAGAUAUCACAACAGAUAACUUUCGGAUGAAGAGGAUACGUUGUUGAGAUUUUUAGUGUCCUGUCCCUGUCUUUAAACUGUGGGAAAGUGAUUUCGUUUUAUCCUGGUGGGAUUAUUGCAAUAUUGAAUUACAGAGUAUGUUACAUUGGUGAACUUACUCUUCACUUUCAUACUAUUAUUUUUGUAUGAUCAGCGACGAACAAUACAGAGUUGAGCCCCAUAAUCCAAAGUUACACCGAUUGUUCCACUAUCCAACAAGUAUAUAUGGAGACAGAGUUUUAGUUUUUUCUGCUCAAAGUUGUUCCAUUUAUCCAGUCAUUUCAUGGGAACGAAGGCAGCUGAGUUAGGGUGUUCAAUAAGACUGCUGUACAUAAACUUGCAGUGGUGAUUCCUGUAUUCACCCAGGUUUAGUGGAACAGGCAGUACAAUGUGCUUCACUAUAUACCUGCUAUAAGAAACAGAUGACCGUGGAUUAGCUGCUAGUAUAUUUGUGCACAUUUCAAAACCAGGAUCAAAAUUGUGAUAUCAUGUUAUUCUGUAAAUGACAAAUGCUUUGUGGAAGGACUAUUUCUGUGUUUAGUGGAACUGGGCUGGGUCUAUCCCUGGCAACCCGGUAGUGCAUCCGUAUGGUGUGUGUGUAGUGGAACUGGGCUGGGUUUAUCCCUGGCAACCCGGUAGUGCAUCUGUAUGGUGUGUGUGUAGUGGAACUGGGCUGGGUCUAUCCCUGGCAACCCGGUAGCCCUUUUGGUAGUUCAUCCGUAUGGUGUGUGUGUAGUGGAACUGGACUGGGUCAAUCCCUGGCCACCCGGUAGCCCUAUUGGUAGUGCAUCCGUAUGGUGUGUGUGUAGUGGAACUGGACUGGGUCUAUCCCUGGCAACCCGGUAGCCCUAUUGGUAGUGCAUCCGUAUGGUGUGUGUGUAGUGGAACUGGACUGGGUCUAUCCCUGGCAACCCGGUAGCCCUAUUGGUAGUGCAUCCGUAUGGUGUGUGUGUAGUGGAACUGGACUGGGUCUAUCCCUGGCAACCCGGUAGCCCUAUUGGUAGUGCAUCCGUAUGGUGUGUGUGUAGUGGAACUGGACUGGGUCUAUCCCUGGCAACCCGGUAGCCCUAUUGGUAGUGCAUCCGUAUGGUGUGUGUGUAGUGGAACUGGACUGGGUCUAUCCCUGGCAACCCGGUAGCCCUAUUGGUAGUGCAUCCGUAUGGUGUGUGUGUAGUGGAACUGGACUGGGUCUAUCCCUGGCAACCCGGUAGCCCUAUUAGUAGUGCAUCCGUAUGGUGUGUGUGAAAGUCCCGGUUUGGCUCAAAGACCAGCCAUUUUCUCUUUCUUGUAACACUGUGCACUAGAAUCAAGUGUUAUGUUGAAUUAUGAAUGCUUAUCCUCACAAUUAGAUAAUACUAGAAAACGUAACGUCAUGCUGUCAGUUAAUUGUGUUAUCUGUAUACGUACAACACUGAUAUGAGUAACGGGGUAGAUUUAUAUCGCUGGCACACGAGUGUCUAUUUAUGCAUAACAGAAUCAAUGUUGUUAUUAUUUUAUUCGCUGAUGAAAGCUGUUAUUUUUUAACACAAGUACAACCAAAUGUUACUUGUAUAGCAGAUAUUAUUUCGAUCAAAUUUAUAUUAUCUUGCCAUUAAUGUAUUCAAAUGGAUUGGUUAUAAUUUAUGACAAAGGAGCUAUGACAUUGUACCAUCUAUUGUUUGUUCUGUAAUAUAACUAGUUAUAUAUGGAUAUCUGUUAACUCUUUGUCUAGUUCUAAUAUAAAGGAAUAUCCAUCUUCAAAAUCCAAGGCUUCUUUGAUUCUCUUGAUACACAUAUCUUCUCCACACCCUCACACAGUAUAUAUUAGCUGUUUGAUUGGUUUCAGGUAUAAAACAAACUUUUCCAGUCACUUGGUUGAUACAUAUUACAUGUACCUUCAAAGAUUAAUUUUAACUGUUAUAUCAUAUGUACAAAUGUACUUCAAAGAAUUGAACUAGUCUUGUAUCAUCCAUAAAAUGUUGUGUACAGAGUCUUUGAUUUUGUCAUGGCAUAUUCCAAGAGUGUAGGGGAAUUCCAAGAGUGUAGGGGAAAUAGGAGUGUCUCUGAUUUCGGAGAUUAUGAAAGUCUUGGUCUGCAGUCUCAUGGUUGAUAUACACAGAUAUAACUGUCCUGUACUGUGGUAUCCCAUAUUGGUUACAUCAAAAUGACAUGUGCAUUUAUCUUUUUCAUGUUUUCAUCAAUCCAGUUUCAUCCUUAUCCCAUUCAAUCAUUUUUCCUUUCUGCAUUCUGUCUGCUACUUUCUUCGGCUCUGAUCUGAUAUACAUGUAGAUAGUACAACUCCUGACAGAAAUGAUCUGACAUCUCCAUAAUGAUGAUAAGAAAUACUUUUAGCUAGCUAAUUAUGUGCCAUUCCUUUAUUUAUUGAUUAAGUAAUGGGCAGUCAUGAUGUGGUGGGAAAAUCAUUUUCUAUAUGUACCAUAUCACAACUGUGUGAUUUAUUGCCAGCCUCAUUCUGUGUGGAUGAAGCCUGGUAACAGAAGCAUUAGUAUUUCUUGGUACACGCAUACAGUAUUGGAAAAAUAAUCUUCAUAUCUCGUGUUUUAAUAAUAACAUUGUAAUAACCUAUAGAUACACUGUUGUUAUAUAUGUACAAUAGGUAAACAAAGAAUGUGUCAUCAUUUUCCAUGAGGAUAGAAUAUCAUGUUUAUUAAAAAAUUAAGCUUGCACAUGAUUAUGUAUGCGCUUAAUAGUAACUUAACUCCAGAUUAUAUAAAUACUACACGGCAGGCUCAUUUAAAGAUCGAAGGGUAGAUUUAUAUGAAGCUGCCCAUUAACUCAUUCACCCCUAAAGACACUUUUGAACUCUUCCAUUUCAAAGGUUGGAAUAGUUCAUUAUGAAAUUUCAAGGGUGAGUUAAUGCUUAAAACUUGUAUAUUGUUAUAUCUUCAAUAGAUUUAUGCGGCUGUGACCAAACAGAUCUAUAUUUGGAUUAGAACUAUCCCAUUUAUAAUUAUUAUUUCAUUAAUUAGCUGACAAUUCAAUUUCACCUUGUGACAUGAUGAGUACAGCUAUGGGUGUGUAAUAGCAUAGUUGAGAAAGUCCUGCAGUGUAGUAGAAUAUUGUGGGUUGUUUUCCCCAAGGUCUUGAUCAAACAUGUGCAAACACUUGAGUUAUUUCAUUUGAGGGCAGUAUUUAAUCAAUGAUUGCAUUUAUAUGUUGUUUAAAAAGAUGAAAUACCUUAGAUUUUCUUUCCUGACGAUUACCAUUUUUUUCCUGCUGUUAUGUAUAUUGCUUAAUUUUAAAAGAGAAAAAAAUAUUCAAACAUCCUAAAAAAGUUGGUGCUUUUACCCAAUAAAGGGACAUGUUUAUACAAAUUGUAUCUAAAUGUUGACUUUCAUGUAAAAUCAUGCAAAUAAAAUAGCAUCACUGUGAA